AGUAAUCAUUGAAAUUAAAUUUAAUUUAAAAGAGAAUGCACAUAAAUGUCAAAGUGCAAUAAGAAAAUUUGAUUUGUUAUUAUUAUAAUUUAUUAUAUUAUGAUUAUAGCGGCUUAAUGUCUGGACAUUUUUUUUACUUCUCAAAUUUUAUAAUAAAACAAAAAAGAAAUCGAAAACAAUAAAAUUUAGAAGACCUUGAGGGUUUACCAUCAUGAUAAAAAUCUGUCGUAUCACAAACUUUUUAUUAAACAAUCAUUAUAACUUUUUUAGAUCUAAAAAAAACAACAAAAUCUUUGACAUGCAUUUCAAAAAUAGAGAUUAAACUACUUCAAUUUUAUUUCUAUAGGGGGUAUAAUAUUCUCAGAUAAAAUCAAACAAUCAACCUGUAACACAUUAAUAUUUUUAUUUUAUUAUUUUCAAACAAAAAAUAAACAAUACCUUAACAAUAAUAAAAAAGUGUCCAAAAAUAGUAUUGAACUACAAACGAUAAGAUUUCAAAAACAAACAAACAGAAGAUAUUGAUUAAUGUCCAAAAAUUCUAUAUAAAAGGUUGGAGCUCCGUUUAAGAUUUUAUUAGUUAACACAAAAAUCUAAACCCAAUUAUGAAAAGGCAUUUUGUAGCCCUUUUAAUCGCAUUGAGUGUAACGUCGGACUCGGGUGCAACAUGUGAAAGUUUUUCAAAAAAGUUUGGUCAUUUAGAAAUAACUCCUCAAGAAUCUCAAAACACACUCCAAAACAGUCAUACUUCCUCUGUACUUUUGUUUCAAGAAAAUAGCGAUAAUUCUGAUCGUGGCUUGAUUUUGAAUAGUGAAGGAAAAAAAGCCUUGAAAAAUUUAAUCCACCACCUACCUUGUGGAUUUCCACAAUAUGGAAUCCCACCUCUUGCCCCAUACACACAAGAAGAAGUCACGAUUAAUUUCAAGACCAAUUUUUUUCAGACAUUUUCGAAAUUGUUUCGUUUCCGAGUGGAUGGUCUGAACCACAUGCUGAUCAAUAAAUUCAAAAUAAGUUAUACUUUUGGCAAAAAAGUAAAAUACAGCUUAACCAUUCCGAAAAUUGUGCUAACUGGCAAAAUAGUUUCUGACAUAUAUGUCGAUCUCAUGGAAGAAUAUGGUGUCAAAAUACGUUAUGAUGGCGAAGGAAACUUUGAAAUGAUUCUCAAAGACAUAAUUAUUGAUGGAUCCUUUAAAUACAAAGCUCCUCUCAUUUUCGGAAGUAUCAAAAUCUAUGAUUUCACGAUGAUAAUUUCACUGGGAAAAGUUAUAUCACAAAUUAAGUUUACCGAUACUCUGGAAAAAUUUAAUGAAUUUUUAAAUUAUAAAAUCGAAGACUAUCUUUGGAAGAUUGUUAAUUAUAAUAAAAAUAGAAUAAGCGUGUUGAUUGAAGAAAAUGUUGUGCCAGUGGUCAACGAAAAGAUGAAAGGACACAAGAUUUGGUAUUUGAUUGGAUUAUUAAGUGAAAUCAAUGGAGUUUGUUAUCCACCACCGGUUCCAUGGGAAUAAAUUAAAGGGGGAUUAAAGUCUUGUGAAAUAAAAACUGUGAUAAAUAUUUCAA